CCAUGAUAAAAAAUUGGCCGGAUUUUUGGCCUCGGCCAGCUAUCGAACGCUGCCCAUCUGAUUUUUUGAUUGUUUCGAUUUUUGAAAAAAAAGUAUCAAGUAUCGAUAGAUCGGCCAAAAAAAGUAUCGAGUAAAAGUACUCGAUAUUCUUCGAUUUAAUAUCGGCUUGUCGAUACAUCAAAAAAAAUCGAGAACCACUACCUGCUUAGUGCUUGUGAGUGCUUGUGAGGUUAUAUGUAAGAUCUGUAAUAGUGUAAUAUUAUGUGAUUUUGUUUGUCUCAUCAAUACGGUUUUAUUUAAGUAUUAUUACUACACUAAAUCUAUAGAUAUCAACCGUUGACUUCAACAAGUGCUCGAUAUUAGUCUUAUAACUACUGCAUCAACCAUGGCAUGCAAGCGUGGAGCAACUUCAGAAUUAAACCAUGACAACUGGAACUGCGAGGAUGAGCCAGAAGAAGCAGGGACAUUUUCCACCGCCUCUGAAGAAGUCUUAAAGAAAAGAGUCGUUAGAACUGCCAAACGCAGAUUACCAGCAGGAGAAAGUGUUUCAAAAACCGCAUUUGGCAGUUUUGUGGGAUUCAAAGCUGCUCCUUCUGCAGGAGCAUCGCCAUUCAGUUUUUUAGCUAAACCAAAUAGGACUGAAACAUCUACACAAAUUCUUAAGACUAGUGAAUCUGAUAAAUUAGCAAGUAACGGUUCUACUCAAAUUCUCGAAAAUAAUUUAUUGUUUGGUACCUCAGGUGCUUCAACUAUCUCUUCAACAUUGUCGAAAAAUGAAAAGACCGAAUCAAUGCAAAUGAAAAAAAACGUAUUUAAACCUGAAGAGAAAAAUAUGUUCAAACAAUCCUCAGACUACUAUGCUAAACUGAAAGGACUCAAUGAGUCUGUAGCUUUGUGGAUAAAAAAACAUGUCGAUGAAAACCCAUUUUGUAUUUUAACACCAAUAUUCCAAGAUUAUGAAAAACAUUUAAAUGCUAUCGAAGCUCAACAUAAAGAAAACGGCAAUGUAUCUUUCGAUAAUAAAAAAUCCGAAUGUGAAAAUUCUAAAUCACUAUCAGAAAGUAUCUCAUGUGUCAAAAGUACCGUUGAAAAACAGGUUAAUUUUUCUUUCAAGCCAAUGAACUCUAGUAAGGAUGGAAACUCUGAAAGUACAAUCACAUCAGCCCAGACACAUGAUUCCAAAACAGAAUCAGCUAAACUUACUGAAGAAGAUUCCGAAAAAUCGAAAACCAUUAAUUUUCCAACAACCUCUGGUUUAAGCUCAAGUUUUUCAGCAUCAAAAACUUUUUCAUUUGGCGGAGGAAAACCAUUUUCAUUCGGUAGUGGUGUUGUAACUCCACAAAACACUGAAAAUCAAGAAUCCGAAAAUAAAGAUGACGAUGAUGAGCCUCCAAAACCAGACUUCAAACCGGUAACGGAAGAUGGUGCAAUUUUUGAAAAAAGAUGCAAAGUAUUUGUGAAAAAAGAUGGUGUUUUUGGUGAUCGAGGAGUUGGUGUACUUUUUUUAAAACCGACGUCAACUGAUAAAACUCAGUUAAUAGUUCGUGGAAAUAAUUCAUUAGGAAAUCUUUUGUUGAAUACAUUAUUAACUGAAUCAAUUCCAAUGAAACGAAUGAACAAAAACACAGUAAUGCUAGUAUGCAUACCAUUACCUGGUGCAUCUCCUCCACCAACUGCAGUUCUUUUAAGAGUCAAAACAAGUGAGGACGCUGAUAGUUUAUAUGAAGCACUCGACAAAAAUAAAAAAUAA